UAUGAUAUUCGAGCGCAAAACAGAAAAGUUUUUUCUCUUGUCGCCGAUUCCGCAAUUUAUGUCAUUUCCUUCGCUAGUAUAAAUAAGUAAGAGUGUAUUUAGCCGUACUUUCGCCCGUAAGAUUACAAGGAUGAUUACCUUACUUUAGUUAACUUUGCGAGAAGAAAAAUUAUGAAGCCAAGUGAAGGUAAGUUUGUGAAGGUAUUCCUAUAUUUUAAAGCAGAUUGCUGACGUGUUUUUAAAUGAAAGUUGUGCGGUCGAGAUUUGCUGUUUUGAUAAAUUUUAAAUUAGAAUUCUCGUUUGAAAUAGCUCUGUUUAUGAAUUAAGUUCGAGUAGUACUUAAUUGGUUGGCACGAUUCGCCUCGGCAUUCGACCUUCAGUGAAAACUAAUCUUUCGUUUAGUUGAGCCUCUGAUGAUUUUUCAACAAAGCCGAAGUUAUUCAUUACUUCACGAAGUUAUGUUCGCUAUCAGUAGGACAGUUCUUUACAAUAACCAUUAUAUGGAGCUGUAAUUUGAAUCGUCCAUCACAUAGAAAGAGUUACAAGUAAAUUUCCUGUGUUGCACACUUCACUGGAAUAUACAGUGUGAACUUUGUUAUGUAAAUCUAGCAAUACAUGCUAUCCUUUGUAACUGAAAUAUUCUUCGUCAUAUAAAAUGCAUGAUUGUUGUCUGGUAUAAACCUCAGCGUAAGGUUUUUGAGGGCUGUGCAAUAAAUAAAGCUUUCAUGUUUCGGUUGUCUUAAGAACCUUGUCCAGAACGACUUGUUAUUAUUAUUGUUUUUUUUUUUUUGUUUUGUUUUUUUUAACAAAAGGAACACAGUAUUCAUCUAUCGUAGCCAAAGGAACUUGCAUGUGGUAACAACAAUAAAAAGUUUGAAUCACGAUUGGGCAAUUUAAAAUGAAAUGUGACACAAAGAGAAAUUUGCGCUCUAGUUGUUCUCCAUCUUAGAAAUGUACCUAUCAACAUUUUAGGGCCCAAGAUUAAAGCCAUUUUUAGGAUAUCUGAUCUUCAUCUUUUAGUAUGCACCCUCUAUUGAAACAUUAAACUUGAGUCUUAGCACAGGACACAUCAACGAGCUUUUCUGGAAAUGUUUUCAGGGCAUGAAAGUACAAAAUUUCUCUCUUGCAUCAUGAAUUGGGUAUUGAUAGACUAUGACCUCAUGAGAAGGAAUAGAAAGUACCCUUCUGGUCUUGGAUUCUUUCACAUUUCUUCAUAAUAUGUUUUUUUAAUUUUUUUAUUGUUUUCAUUUUGUAAGAAUAUAGAGAGGUAGUCCUCUGAGAUGUUUAGUUAAAGCAUGAUCAUUGUUUUGGUACAAAGGUCAAAUUUAUUAGUGUUUUUAAUAAAUGGUUCACUGCAUUUGAACCUAAGUUCAAAUAUAUAAAGGCUUUUGAUUUUAUUUAUUUUGUUAAGUUACAUAACAUGGCAAGGUCUAAUGGAGGUAUGAUCUUAGUUCUAUUAUUGCUGUAUACUUGACUUAAUAAUUUGUAACUGUGAGAAGCCUGUAUCAAAAGGAAAAUGAAAAAACCUGUUAACUGUUAAUUAGUUAUAGGACAUUGACAAACUUAAAUUUGGUACACUGCCAGUUGGAGCAUUAGCCCUUUUUUAGGGCAAAGUUUCAUUAGAAGGUUCAUAAUGUUAUUAAGAGAAAAUACUCAUCUAAAGUUUUUUCCAAAUUUGUUUAAUGUCAAGUUCUCACAGGAGCAGAAAGUGAGAUUUCUGCUGAGGAAAUGGAGUGUGAGAUGCAAGCAAGAGAGUUCUUUGUGCACAUUGGCAUGCUUAUACUGGAGGGGCGUACACCACAGUGUUCAGAGAAAGGCAGAGUGGAAGGACCUCAUUGUUUGUCCUUUUUCAAUGUUGUGCCUCAUGUCUGUGACCAGAAAGGAAACUAUAGUGUAAGUCAACCAUUGUAGUGGGGCCUUUAUUGAAAGUACAGCCUCAGUACCACAAAAAGUGUCCCCUAAAUUGAAGCAUCCUUUAAAUACAGGUGCAUGUUCGAUGAGAGAAGAUUAAAUAAUUGCAGUUGACUCUCUCUUCACUGGCCAGUCUUUUAAGCAACAGUUAAUCCUUCAAGCAUCCUUGUUAUAAAUAUUCAUUUUGUUUCUCAGUCUAAUACUGUUUCAAAAACUCUUGCUUUUACUUGACCUGUUUGACCUUUAAAAGCAAUCACUGUAAGGAUGUAUAUUGUCUCUAUCAUUUAGCAAUUUUGUUGAAAGUCUUCUGAGGUGACCAGCUUUCAAGUAUUUUCAGCAGUAACACAUUUUGAAGUGCAAAGGUGCAUGUUGCAAAAGCCAACAAUGACUAAUGCAUGUUUUACUCAGAGGAACUGUAUACUUGUACAGUUAAUAGUGAAAUAAUAGAUAAUUGGUGGAUUAGAUCUGUUUUUUGUCUUUUAAUAUUGAUUUUCUCCUAAAGCUACCAUAUCCUCAAAGGGACCUCUUUUUCCUGCUCUAAAUAUGGUCGGCUGAGAGAGUUUACUGUGUUAUGUGUAGAUUUCAUGUUCAUUACUGGAAGUGUCUGUGAAUAAAGAUAUCAAAAAGGAGGGGUCCAACUGCACCUAGUGGCUGUGUUAAGAUGUUCACUAAGAUUAAGUGAGCUGCACUCUGUUUUCUCUUGAUCAUUGUAGCAAUAUCAGUUUUACAAUAAAUUAAAAAUUAAAUCUAAUGGCAAACUCUUUCCUGUCUUUGAAUUUUGGGGCAGUGCCAGAAAGUAUGUGAAAGAAAAGAAAAGAUGAAUGCUUUAUGGGAGAACAGCUUUCCUCUGGUGAUAAGUGUUUUGAUAGAAGAACCUUCUCAGAAUAGUUUGAUUUUACUGGAAAGAUGGACAGUGGAAGUAGUGAAUGAGUAAGUAGCUUGCUGGUCAUAAUGUGAUGUUUAAUAUGUAACUUUAGAAGCAUUAAUUAACCUAUGUGUAGAAGCAUCUAUGCACUAUAGCAUGUAGUUAAAAAUAAAGAGGGGAAAAAGUUUUGGAUGCAAAGCAAAUGAAACUAUCAAUUAAGGAAAGACAAAUUCUCUUCUCUAAACUACCUGUGCACUGAUAAAAUCAAUGAUUGAUUGUUGUUAUUUUUAAUAACACAAUAUGAAUCUCCUUAUUAUUAGUUCUUUAUUCGUUACUCAAUUAAAAGUUGCAUAAUUAUGAUCAUGUUAACUCUUUCACCUCUGGGGUUUAUUCUUUCACAAGUACAUGAAGAUAUGAGGCCUUGGGCUUUGUCUUCAGAUAUAGUAAACAUUUUAUCCACUUGUCUUGAGCAUGGGCCAAAAAAAAAUUUUAAGUCCCCUUGAGAAUUGCAAUCCUAACACCUUCAGAUUUCAAAGUAUGGUGCUCUACCUCUCUGAUAUAGAUUGGUGAAUUAGGCUGUAUAGCAAAUUGAUAUCACACAAACCAGCUACAUACUGCAAGGAUCAGUAGUUUUCAAAGUGUUUGUUUUUUGCCUAGUAUAAGAGGGAUGGUGAAUUUUGAAUGUGGUCACUCAAUACUGAGUGAUGUUAUUCAAUUGAGCAUGGGAAGGCAAAAAAAGUAAUUAGUCACUCAUUUUUUUAUAACAGGUCAGAUGUUGUUCAUGGCCGUAGUGGUAGCAUGCUCAUGCAGGCCAUAAGGUCACACAUUCAUUUCUCACAGCUGAGUGCCUGGUUAAGCAGAAGUAAAGGCUCCCUUCCUUCUAAAAUCAUUUACAGGUUGGUGAAACUUAAAUCAAAUGUUUAAUCUACUACAAGAUUAAAACUUUUUUCCUAAAUAGUUUCAUCAUCCCAAAUAAUGCCAUGAGAAAGCCACUUUACCCAACAAACUUGGUACUGUUCCUCUUGACAUGCACCUUUGUUUUUAUCAUGCCAUAUAUACAAAAGAAAUAUUUUUAUUAGUUGUUCCAUUGGACACAGCACUCAGAAGCAGCUGUGUCAUUUCACUCACUGCCCAUCGUUCAGUGUGUCAUUUUGUAGUUCCCAUGCAUUCACCUUAGUGCAUGUUUUCCAGUGGAGGGGCACAUAAUUAUACUAGUACAUUUCUCAAUGAAAACUCUGUUUUUAUUACAUGGCGCAAACUCCUUCGUUAUGAGGGUGAAAUCUCAAACAGGUGUCCAGCCACUAAACAACAAAGAAAUUUAAGUCAACUUAAACGUGACCUGCAAUUAAUCAUUAAUUGUGCAUACAUCAAAGUGUUUUUUUUUGCUAUCUACAGAAUAUCUGAAACUGGAGAGGAAUACUCAUCAUCUAGCUUUCUUAAACAUCCUGAUCUGCAUGUGUUUCCUUUGGCAAAUCUCCAUAGCAACAGAGCAUUGCAAGUCAGUGUUCAUUCACUACCAAGAUGUGACAUAUUUAAUUUUACGGAUGAAAUUCUGGCAUCAAAGAUCGAUCAACUCAGUGCUGGUCAUAAAGUGCACAAAAAUGGACUGCAGGGCUCAGACUUAAGUGAUGACUUGUUCACUUCACCCUUGAAGAAGAAAUCAUGCAUGAAAGAGCUUGAAACUAAUAACCAUUCACAGACAUUAAAUGGACAUAAUCUUACAAAUAAACAAAACCGUUUGGAUGUCACAAAUCCCUCAACCAGCAGAACUUUUGAUGAUCAGAUAGAAAGAAACUCUGACCAGAAAGUAUUGAUUUCCCCAAAGAUGUCACAGGAAAGCUUGAAAAAGCGCUUUUUGAAUAUUAGAAGUCUUAGUGAAGGAACACCAGGAAUGUCUCUACAGGCACAAACAAAACAACAUGACUUAAAUAAAAUACACGAACCCACUCACAACAUAGAAACAAAAAAGGUAAGUGUUUGUAGCAUCCCAAGUUUUCAAAGCCAGUUACCGAAAGUUGGAGAAGAUAGGGGCUAUUUAAAGCAACACAUGACAGCAAAAUGUGCCUUUGGAAGUUCCCAAACCCUUAGUUUAUUCUAAUACAUGAAUUAAGUUAAUAUUUAUUUAUUUGACUCAUUAAAAUUCAUUGAUUACCUGAUAGCCAGAUGACCUUUCAAGAUUGUCUUGUGCCCUUUUGUCCUUUUUUCUGACCAUCUUUCUAUAAACAGGGCAAUUUAGUAUUAUCAGCUGAGUUAAUCAUGUAAAUUGGCCACUGUUAAGAGUUUCAAAGCUGACGUUUCAAGCAUUAGCCCUUCAUCAGAGCAAAUGACGAAGGGCUAACACUUGAAACAUCAGCUUUGAAACUCUUUAUGGUGGCCAAUUUAUAUUAUGAACUCAGUUGAUAAUACUAAAUUGACCCCGUUUUACUCUCCCACUGAUGCAGCACCACAGUUUUGUUGGAAACUCUCCCCCUUUAGUCAUUUCUCAAAACAGUCAUACAUGCUGAGGGGUUAGUCCUCUAGGGAGUUUGCUUGCUUAAAAAUUUUACAAUCAUGCUUAAAAUAGAACUGGUGAGGGUAAGGAAUGGAACAGAAUUUAUAACAUCUGUAUAUUGCUCAAGUCAGACUCAGAUGCUUUAUAAACAGGGAGACCAUACCUAAAAUUGGCCAAAACUAAAGAAGUAAACGAGUGGUCUAUUUCAAGCUAGGAGUGUGGCUCUUUCCUAAGGGUCCGUAAAACAUGUUGGUAUUUGUUUGCUUUAAUUGAUUUUAAGAUUUACAUGCACCCUUAACUACACUUUAACAGUUGUUAUGUUAUGGGGCAAAACUGUUGUUUAUGAGGCUUUGUCUGUUUAGUGAAACUGAUUGAGUAGAUGUGAAGUUUUUUGGAAUUGAGGUGGCUUGCACUUUGCCCGACUAAAGGACUUAAAUUUUAACAGAGUUGUGAUACUCAGAUCUCUUCAAGUAUCCAUAUUCCCAAAGGAGUCAUCCAAGCACUUAGGACUCAGCGUGUUGGGGCUGGUACUCUUCCCAUCUUCAAUUCAAGAACUGGUCUUCCGGUAUCCUCAAGUCCAGUGAGUAUGGCAUGUCUGUUGUAACAGACUGGGAACAUAAUUCUUGAUUCAUGCAUUAUCUCAGUUAGCAAUUACUGAUUGAAAUUACUUGACUUGUGGUUAGGUAGUAUUGACUGAGAAUGUUGUAUGUGACUGUAUUCAUUAUUCUUUCCUUGCAGUCAUAUGAAUUUUUCAAGGAUAUGAACAACAUUAAUGUUUUAACUAGGAAUUGUUUUAUAGUGCACCAAAUUCCUGGGACAAGCAAAAAAGGAGUAGGGUCACUAAUUACGAAAAUUUUCUUGCAGAUUGUUGUAUAGUUUGACUAAUGCUUGUUUUUUCAUCAGGCUCCUCUGCGUCGAUCAGCUACAGAUUUGGACAUUGAGGAUGACUGUAGAGAACAAGUCAAGUAAGUGAUUGAUAGAUAAAAAGAUUGCCUGCAAAUAUGUAGUAUGGUGAUACAAAAUGAAAUAGAGCAUGAUUAUAUGUACUAAAAAAAGUCAGCAAUGCAUGGAAUGACUCAUUCAUAACUAGAAGUUGUUGUUAAAGAUUAAUUUUGAGAGGACAAUGAGCUGCAAAAUUCUCAAAGUGAGUUUGCUGUGACAAUUCCUGAUCGUGCACACCAUCUACACCCAUGCACACCCCACAGGGGAAAGGUUUGUCCCAUACACCUCUGGUAGGUACCCUGACUUGUCACUUUCACUCAUUUGUCAUGUGUCACAUGUCCAAAUGGUAACCAUUUACUGUGAUAAUGAGGAAAAGGGAAUCAUCAAUUUUCAUGCAUUUUUGACAUGUGCAUGAUCAUUCUGUUCUGUUUAGUGGAUUUUCAAACAACUCAAGUUCAAAAGACCUAACAUCCAUACUUAGCAAAAGUGCACCUGCUUCCACAACCCAGAGUCUCUUGGGAAACUUUGAGGUAAGCAACCAUCUUAAAAUUAAUAAUAAUUUUGUGCCAUAGUUUGCAAGUAUCAUGUUAAAAAAUAACUGGUUGAAUAAUGUAUUUGAACAUCAAUAAAAUGUAAUAAUAAAAUACUGAUAUUUUCUAGAAAACUAAUCAGAUACAAAAUUGAAAAUCAAUGGCUAUCAAAACUACACUUUUUUAUGUAGGAAUCUGUGUUGAAUGGUAGAAUGGAGCCAUUGGGAACUGUUGAGGUAAUUUUCUCCUGGACAUAAUGUGAAAUGUUCCUUAAGAUUAUGGUCUGUUACAGAAUUAAUAUUUCAUUCAUCACUACCAGUAGUUGAUAUUAUUAUAAUUAUUACUAUUUGAGGAAAACUCAUUCAAAGCACAUUUUACAAGUAAGGACUCAAGAUAACUCUUAGCCUUGAUUUGCUUGAAUGCGUACAAGCUUUGGUUUGUGUUAUCCUGCCUUUAGCCUGAACUUAGCCAGGAUAUAAAACAACUGUGUUAAUAGGCUGAACAAAUCCUAUACUCAAGCCAGUACUAUUUACAUCUUGUUUUGUAUUUUGGUAAUAGCUGUGUGACUUUCCUUUUGAAUUUAACAUACUUUUUAUAGAGAGUAUAGUAGUUAAACUUACUACAACUAGGAAACUGUCAUACAGUACAUUGCAGUUGACUCACAGACUGAGGAAAUCUGACUUGAUUUUUUUCUUGUACAUGUAUUACUGCAGGGUUUUACUGCAGAGUUAGGUGCCAGUGGAAGUUUCUGUCCUGCUCAUGUCAAGCUGCCUGUGAAAGCUUCUUUCUUUAGCCUUUCUGAUGACAAUGCUCCCUCUCCUUAUUUGGUGAGUAUUUGUACCAAUCUAGUUCUGCUAUGCUUCAUUGCUGGACUUGAUUUUCAAACUUUUUCCCAAAAAAAGAAUUCACAGACUUACAGUUGUGCAAAAAAUAUCAUUACAUUGGACAGUAACUAGAACAGGAGCCACUUUGAUUAGAAAACCUUGACAAAAAAUGAUCAUCUUGUUUUUCUUUUUUUUAAGAAGGUUGUGAGAGCCAUUUGAUUGCAUGUACUAGAGAAAUGGUCAGAACAUGUUUUUGGUUUUAACUGGUAGAUGCUUAAAAAAAUUAGUUUAGUUUAGGGGAACAGUUCUGUAAAAUUUUAUGAAAUUAAUUUCACAGAAAAAUUAGAUACAGCACCUCACAAAUAAAAUGAUGAUUUUACAUGUGCAAAAUUUGUUCAAAAGGUAACUAUAUUCUUACCUGCAUAUGACAAAGAGCGAGAAUUGGAUGCAGUUUGUUUUUGUAUUGCAGGGGUACAUAAGUUUAAGUGAUCCAAGUAUUAGCCACAAAGGUUAUCACAUACCCAACAAGGGAACUGUACAGCUGGUAAGACAAAAUGUUUGACAAUAACAAUUUCUUACAAUUGUAGUCUCUGGAAUUUACAUGUUGAUGUGAAUGGAUUAAUAUAUCUUGCUAUGUUGGAUCUGUUAGUUGAUUGUUCAGAUGCUUGUUCGCUUAAACAUCUACAAUUAACUGACUGUGCAAUUGAGUUUUCCUGUCGAAACUUUGAUAUGAUGAUUGCAGGAAGCUUAUAAUAAAUAAAGAAAUUCAGGGGCCACUGAUUCAGAAACUGAUCUUAUAUUUUCAAGAGCGUAAAACUAAUAUUGAAGGUGAUUUUAUAAGGCUGUCAUGUUGCCAUAGUACUGUAAUGCGUACAGAAAAGGUGUUUUGAAGUUUUGAAAUUAUCGAAGCAACAUAUAGGAAAAUUUUGGUUGCAAUGCCCUUCCGUUGCUCUGCUUUGAAAGGAAUAAAACCUCCAAGGAAAUGACAUGGCAUUUUAGGGCAGCAGUUUUCUCUGUUUCUUGGGGUGAGUGAUGGUGACUUAUUAAAUCUUGUUUGAUUUGACUUCAGACUCUGUUCAACCCAAACAAGACUGUGGUGAAAAUGUUUGUAGUACUCUUUGACUUCAGUGAUAUGCCUCCCAGAUCUCAAACAUUUCUACGUCAGAGAACGUUUUCUGUCUGGAGACACACUUGUCAAUCAACUGAGGUACGUACAGCCUUAGCUCUGUAGUGGUAUGUACAUUGCAAGGAGGGGUUGGGAGGGGAUGGUCAUGUGCUUGUAACUGGCACUUUUUGAAGUGGCAAUCACCACUUUGAACUAAUAAUAAUUAUUAAAUUAUUUGCCUUUUUGUCUCUAUGCUUCUUUUAACUAGAGAUUCACACCCUUGAAGUGACUCUUCUCCCUACUUUUUUGAUUCUCUACUUUGGAGUUGCAAAUUACCCACUCUGAAGAGGCAAUCGCUAUUUCAAAAGUGACAAUGGAUAGAUCUAAAUGUGACUGAUGCAUUUUUGGAGUAUUUUUGAACCUGAGACACUGAGUGUUGGCUUAUUUGUAAUUAUUUCAUUGUAGCUUUAGGUGAAGGAGUGCAGAAUAAGCUGAUGUUGAGUUGAUAUUUUUUGUAUUGUUACCAUUGUUACAGGGUCGUAAUUCCUUACACUAUCUCAUACACUUGAGGUUAGUUUUCUUUUUUUGUUACAAUGUGGCAUGAGAGACCUUCAGAUUCUAGGACAGAUACAAAGUAUAAAUAAGGGAUGUUACAGGAGAUAGAGUUUAACAUUACUUAACAUGUAGUACUAGGUAAAUUGUUGGUUUCUAUUUCACCCAGAAUAGCAUGGUUUAGGUAGGUUUCUGUAUCAUGAUGUGACUUCUAAAAAAAAUAUAUUCUUGCUUUUGGCACUCCCCUCAGAUAAGAUUUUAUGGUUGUACCAAACUGUGCACAAUUUGCCUUCUGACAAGUCUUCAUUUAACAAUCCCUGUAGAGUGUCCUAACCAAGUAAAUAACUUACCAAAUAGAUCCCAGGUGGUCGUGCAUCUGUGUUUAGUAAUGGAUCACAGAUGAUGUCAAAAUGUAGUAAGAACAAGAAAGUGGUACAUGAGGCACAGCCUUAAGUUUCACUGAUUUUCUUACCACACUUUAGAUCUUCUGUGAUUUAUUACUGCACAGACCCAUGGCAACAUGGAGUCUGUUUGUUUUAUACGAGAAAGGAGCAAAGAAUAAUGGAGAUGUUAUGUAUGGGUCUGUCCCCCAAUAGAUCAUAAAUAAGAAGCAAUCAUAAAGCGGCACAUGUAAUUCAGCUUAUUACAUGAAACUUAAACCUGGACUGUUACUUUGGUCUUUCAACUUUUUUCAUAUUCUUUUUGAACUUUGUUCAAACAAGACAACUAUAAUCCCUUGUUAAAAGUAGCACAACACUAUGUAUUAAAAUGAGAGCUCUUUUUGAUUUAUUUCAGAUUUGUAAGCUCCAAAUCUGGCAGAUUGUAUCUUCAUACAGACAUCAGAGUAAUAUUUGCACGUCAACCCCCUGACCUCCCUAGUGGGGUGAAAUUUUGUACAGUGACCGAUGGACCAACAGAACCUCGUUACACACAAUACAAUCAAAAAUUAGUAUGAAGAGUAGUUCUAGCUUGCUUAAUUUAUUAUAAAUAUAAAAAAUUAAUAAUGAUUUAUAAUUGUUAACAAUUUGUAGCAAUUACUUUCUGAAAUGUUGCUGUAGUCAUGGUAACCAAUCACAAGAGAUUCUAAUCAGUUUGUUUUUUUUUCUUAUUUUCGAGCAUAUUAUCGAUAAAAUGUGCAUAGAAUUUACAGUUAAUGGAAUAGUUUAGGAUCCAGUCAUCAUUUAUUGCCUGAGGGGGGGGGCACAUAGUUUUCAGGGGGGAGAGAGGGGGGAUCAGUCGUCGGCAACAGAGUAUAAAGGGUGGACCUUAGAAAUUGACUGGAGACCAUAAGAACAUCACAGAGCCUUACAGGGGUGGGGCGGUAAUGAAAUCGCGUCAAUUUUUUCGUGACACGGCUAAAAUCCUCUGACCCCUCCCCGGGCGAUAAAUAAUGAUUGGCUCCUGAUAUUAUUUCAAAAGUAUUAGGGGUUGGUUGUGCUACUGUGAACAAUCCACACACUAUUUGGAAUAUAGGUGCUCAAGUAAUCAAACAAUAGUUUGACCAGAGGCUGUAACAAAUGACAAACAAGCUGAGAGGAUGGAGAGUACAAAUGGGCAGUCGUUUUCCCUGUGAGUACUGAAAAAUUUAUGCUCGUCUCUUUCUCUGGAUUUUGAAGCUAUUCUGUGAAAAUGUUAAAUAUUUUAGGCAAAAUUGAGAUAUUUAUUGGCAAGAUAUAGAAAGGAAAGUUAGUGCUAAGUCAUGUAUAUUUCAAUCUAGGUAUUUCAAUUUACUCUAAUCCAAAAUAUAUAGGAAGGAUGGGAUGCGUUUGGACAUGCUCCUCAAUUCUCCCUUUUAUUUCGCUGACUUCUUCCUUACCGGUGAGGUAAAAUGCGUAUGUACCCAGAAAAUACUAAAAGAAAGAAUUUGUUUCAGUCAGAGCAGUUUACAAGAUUUUGCCUUGCUGGUUUCCCUUAAUGAUCCAGAAAAAUCGUACCUCUUUCUUGACCAGAGUGAGGUGAUUUAAAACAACUGCGUCUUGUCGCUCGUGUUAUUCCGCGCUUGAGACUACGAACUUACUUUGAGUUCUGGUUGGCUAAAGUGAUAUUUAUCUUCUGCUCUGAUUGGAUGAUUUGAUUACAUCGGGUUUGCUACAGGUUUCAUGGCGUUUUAUCCUCGUGCAAACAUGUCAUAUUUCACCUCGUGAAACUGGACUCAAAAACAUGUAUUUUUUUCAUAGUUAUCCAACACUGGAUUAUAACAAGCUUUUCCAUAUGAAAUUAAAUGAUAU